GCUCCCGUUCCCGGGCGGGCGGGCGGGGGCUCACUAUGCCGGGCAAGCACCAGCACUUCCAGGAACCCGAGGUCGGCUGCUGCGGGAAAUACUUCCUGUUUGGCUUCAACAUUGUCUUCUGGGUGCUGGGAGCCCUGUUCCUGGCCAUUGGCCUCUGGGCCUGGGGUGAGAAGGGCGUUCUCUCCAACAUCUCGGCACUGACAGAUCUGGGAGGCCUCGACCCAGUGUGGCUGUUUGUAGUGGUUGGAGGCGUCAUGUCGGUGCUGGGCUUUGCUGGCUGCAUCGGGGCCCUCCGGGAGAACACCUUCCUGCUCAAGUUUUUCUCAGUGUUCCUCGGCCUCAUCUUCUUCCUGGAGCUGGCAACAGGGAUCCUGGCCUUCGUAUUCAAGGACUGGAUUCGAGACCAGCUCAAUUUCUUUAUCAACAACAACGUCAAGGCCUAUCGGGACGACAUUGACCUCCAGAACCUCAUUGACUUUGCUCAGGAAUAUUGGUCUUGCUGCGGAGCUCGAGGGCCUAAUGACUGGAACCUCAAUAUCUAUUUCAACUGCACUGACUUGAACCCAAGCCGGGAGCGCUGCGGGGUCCCCUUCUCCUGCUGCGUCAGGGACCCUGCGGAAGAUGUCCUUAACACCCAAUGUGGCUAUGAUGUCCGGCUCAAACUGCCCCUUGCCUCUGUGUCCCCAGGAGCUGGAGCAGCAGGGCUCCAUCCACACCAAAGGCUGUGUGGGCCAGUUCGAGAAGUGGCUGCAGGACAACCUGAUCGUUGUGGCUGGGGUCUUUGUGGGCAUCGCUCUCCUCCAGAUCUUUGGUAUCUGCCUGGCCCAGAACCUUGUGAGUGACAUCAAGGCAGUGAAGGCCAACUGGAUCAAACAUGAUGAUGGCUACAAACUACUCAAAUAAACAAAACCUUGAAAACCACUGGCUUACGCCCACCAUCUCAGAGGUUCUGUCAGCUGCAGGGCCUCAGCAGUGCUGUCCGCCUGGGGCCCCGGCCCAGACCCGCCCUGCCAGCGUGUUUUCUUGGCCUGGGUAGUGUAUACAUUGAACCAACCUUUAAAACUUGGUAUAUUUCACAUAAAAGUCCAGAUCCCCAGCAUCUGGUGAAGAAUGGCCACCUGGCCACAGCAGCUCUUCAGUGGCAUCGUCUCCUGGGACACGUGCUUCCCGUUCUCUGAGGGACCCGCCUGGCCUGUUCUGCUCACCUAAGUGCCCUGCGUAGGCUGGGAGUUGGCCUCCCCCACCUCUGCAAGAUUUUCUCCUACAAAUGCUGCGAGGCUGCUGUGGGCCAAGCCCGGAUCGAAGCCUGGGGGUGUGAAGAAUGGGGAGGCUGGAGCCAGCCCCAAAGAGGCCACAGCCUGGGAAGGGUCUGGUCCUCUGGGGGCUAAGACGGAUGCCAGCGUGCCCAGGAGAGUGGCUGAGGGGUGGGAUGGAGAUCAGGAAGGUUUUGGGCAGUAGGUAGCUGGAAGCCUGAGCUUGGCACCCAUGGGGAUGGGGGAAGCCAGGUUUGGGGGCCAUUGUUGGUUGACUCCUAGGCUCACUUGGAAUCCAGUUCAAAAUCUUCCCAGUGGCCUGUAGAGUUGCCUCCUGGUCACUAGAGGGCGCGCCAGCACGGCAUUACCUGGGUCUGGCUUUCCUAGGGAAACCCCACCCAGGUACAGCCUUGUGCCUGGUGCGUCCACCCUGCUUACUGGUCCUUCGGGUUUCAGGGAAUUUACAAACUUCUAAAGUAGCAAACUGGCUCAGAUUUGGGAAGUCUGGCUGCUGUUCUCAGAUCUGCACAAAGGUGUGCGUGUGGAGUGAGCAUUUGUGGUGAAAGAGGUUUGGGCUAGUGCACAGAUCUCUUGGGUGCCCUUGGGGCCAGGUGGGUUAUAAAAAUAAAGUAGGCCUUGGAGUUGUGAGGCCGUUGCCGUGGGACUUUAAUUUUUGCCAUUGUUCUAGAGAUGGGACAUAGACGUUGCUUUGUGAUGAGAAAUAUUUGCAUGAUUGAGUCUGAGUCACUAAUGGCAACUGGCCUUGAGUGACAAUAAGGUGUGGUAGGGACUGUGGCAAAGCACAGAUGUCCUACCUGAAAUCGGUGGCUGUCAUUCAGUUGUAGGUAAUUGCUGUAAAGCAGGAAUGUAGGAAGGUCUAGUGCGAGAAAUCUGGAGAAGCCAAAAAGCUAGAUUUUUAUGUGAAGUAUUCCAAUUUUUAAGUUGUUGGCAACUAAUGAAAAAACAUUUUAAGCCCUGCUAGUCACACUAAAGGUGCAGGGGCCAGCUAUGGCCCCUGUGCCACCAUAGAUCCCUCCGGGACAGUCCCCCGUGGGGGCCCUGGUGACUCCGCUGUUCAGGAAUGUGGGGAGCUGCUGCAGGUGGGCCCGGUGUGGGGCAGGCGCCCAGCAUCGGGGCUCCCGGGUGCAGGCUGGCAGUGUCCUCGGGUCUCUGAGAGAUGCAGGCCGUUGGAGGUCUCUACAUGCUACAAUAAACGCAGCUCACAAUAUUA